CAUUUGCAGCAUAAUUUAGUAACGAUUGGAUUACUCAUCUAAUCAGUUACGUGUUUCUCUUAUCCCGUCAGUAUCAUUAUUGUUAGCAAAGGUGUAAAAAUAUUAGUUGUUUAACCACAGCUCUGUUUAUAGUGUGUACGCGACGCUCAAAAUGGCAACGAAUGAUGUCGAAGAGACCGAACAGAUAAUACCAAACGAGGAGGUGGAAAAAGUUAAUGAACCAGUUAGCUAUUUAUUCAUAGUACUUUUCUAUUUUCUGGGAGCCACGUGUUUUAUACCAAACAACUUCUAUGUGACAGCAAAUGAGUACUGGAUGUUCAAAUUUAGGGAUCCCCAUAUACCGUUUAAUAAUUCGGAUACACAAAAAACAACUCUGCAAAAGAAGUUCACAGCCUACACGAAUAUGGUUGGAAGUAUCGGCAUGAUUCUCUUCUUAUUCAUAACAUUUGCCAUUUCAAAGAAAGUUUCGCUUCAGAAGAGAAUCGUGGGGGGAAUGUUUUUGUUGCUGGUGCUGUUUUGCAUAACUUUGCUCUUCGUAUUCGUAAAUACUGAUUCGUGGCAGAUAGGAUUUUUUGUUAUUGCUGUGGGAAUUUCUGGACUUUUCAGUGCUAGUACAGCUGUAUUACUGAUCUCACUCUUCCAACUGUCCGCUCGAUUUCCACCAAGAUGUAUGGCUGCUCAGCUCGCUGGACAGUCAGUAUGUGGUAUUUUGUCUGCUUCCAUACAGGUCCUUACCUUGCUGGCCGCACCCACGGUCAAGGGCACAGCAGGUCUUUACUAUGCCAUUGCUACAGGGGUGAUAACGGCUACAACGAUUGCUUACUUGACUGUUUCGAAAAAAUCAGAAUAUUUGCAAAAUAAGUUGGAAAAUGACCCAGAAGAGGAAGAGGAAGAGGAAGGGGAAGAGACGUCUAGCAAGAAGUUUGAUAUUGUUAAAAUAAAAAGGGUCUUGAGGAAGUUGGCACUGAUUCUGGUAUCUUUGACUUUGUGUGGGGUUAUUACACAGCUUUUGCAUCCUGGGCUCACUGCUUUAAUAGAGUCUUCAGGAAAAGGGACGAAUGUUUGGAGUGAUAGCUACUUCUUGCCAGUAUGUGUGUUCUUGUUAUUUAAUACUAUGGAAUUUAUUGGUAGAGAAUUGUCCAAUCACAUCCAAUUGAUCUGGUUGACGGCUGUAGUAUUCUGCUGCGAUUCAGUUGUAAGAGAGACCGACAAGUUGUUGAUGAACUGCUACAUGCUGGAACAAACAUUACCCCUGCGUUCCAAAGAGCUAGAGGAGCUGGAUAGCUUGAAGGAACUAAUCAAGAAUAAGAGACCAACACUGACUGCUGCUGGUUUCUUCGAAAUACGAAGGUCCACUUUGCUCUCUCUUCUGAGCUCCACUACCACUUAUUUCAUUGUUGCUUUACAAUUCAAUUCCCUAUAAAUGUAUUCCACGAUUGUUUGAUUGUUUUUCGUCACUGACGUUCAAAGAGUGUAUUUGAAAAUUUGUUACUUACAUAUUUCACGGUUGUAAUAAUACGUAUUUUUAAUGUUAUUGAA